UCUUCUCAUCAUACAAAGCAUUCUGAAACCAGUUUAGAGAGCAAGAGAGGAGGAUCAAGCUUCUUCGAGAUCUCGUUAGUAAUCUCUUCUUCUCUGCGGCUUCGGACAAGAACCUGUGAAACCUCUCUUUCUUUCUCUGUUCUUUUGUUUCCCUUCAAAACUCGUUAAACCCAUAAACCACAAUGGCUCGUUCUCUCUCCAACGCUAAGAUCAUCUCCGUCUUCGUUUCCGAAAAGCUCUCCAACGCCGUUUUCAGACGAGGGUUCGCCGUCGCAGCCAAAACGGCGUCAGAUGGGAGCGUUUCGAGCGGUGGAAACGCUUCUCCCGCCGUGAUGAAGAACAAAAUUGUGGAAGCUUCAAGCGACAAGGCGCCAUGGGUUCCAGACCCUAAAACCGGUUAUUACAGACCAGAAACCGCUUCUGAAGAGAUUGACCCGGCCGAGCUACGAGCUGUUCUCUUGAACAACAAGCAAUAAAUUAAAUUUUAAAAACCGUUGUUGUUUUUGAUUAAUGCUAUGUUUAAUGAGGAGAUCAAGGCAAAUGGGUUAUGAUCCUUUGCGGUGAACCCGAAUCUUUAAUUCGUUGCCCUUUCUGUAAUAAUCGUAUUGUUUGAUCUAUCAUUUAUAUUAUAUGAAAAAAAAUUAAACUUUUAAAGGUU